AUGCCGUUCCACCCGGUGACGGCGGCGUUGAUGUACCGGGGCAUCUACACCGUGCCCAACCUGCUGUCGGAGCAGCACCCCGUGGACAUCCCCGAGGACGAGCUGGAGGAGAUCCGUGAGGCCUUCAAGGUGUUUGACCGUGAUGGCAAUGGCUUCAUCUCCAAGCAGGAGCUGGGCACAGCCAUGCGCUCCCUGGGCUACAUGCCCAAUGAGGUGGAGCUGGAAGUUAUCAUCCAGCGCCUGGACAUGGACGGUGAUGGCCAAGUAGACUUUGAGGAGUUUGUGACCCUUCUGGGACCAAAGCUCUCCACCUCAGGGAUCCCAGAGAAGUUCCAUGGCACUGACUUUGACACCGUCUUCUGGAAGUGCGACAUGCAGAAGCUGACAGUGGAUGAGCUGAAGCGGCUGCUCUACGACACUUUCUGUGAGCACCUGUCCAUGAAGGACAUAGAGAAUAUCAUCAUGACAGAGGAGGAGAGCCACCUGGGCACGGCCGAGGAGUGCCCUGUGGAUGUGGAGACCUGCUCCAACCAGCAGAUCCGCCAGACAUGCGUGCGCAAGAGUCUGAUCUGCGCCUUUGCCAUCGCCUUCAUCAUCAGUGUCAUGCUCAUCGCGGCCAACCAGGUGCUGCGCAGCGGCAUGAAAUAG